AUGGAGGCUCUGCUUGCGUCAGGCCCGGGUACACAGAACAGCAUGCAAAGAAGGAAACCAAGAAGCUCCUCUCUUCAACCUCCACCCGUCUUGUCUCCUCUGGCCAUGGAUGGCUGCCUCCCUCCCCAUACUCAACCACAAACCUCACACCAACUCGUUGAAUUACCCUCCCGCUCGGAAUCGAUGGUGAAGGGAUGCUGGUACCCGUGCGACGGCACUUGGGAGGCGCUGUGGUGCUCCGGCCACAAGAGUCUGAGCGGCUUUUCCGACUGUUUCGGCACCUCUCGGCCGUCGGAUGCGCGGGACUUCGGUUCCUGGCAGAAUGUGAGAAUAUGGGAGCAUUGUAGGAAGGAUAGAAGGGGUGGAGCAGAAGAAACAGUCUACAUAGAGGUUGCCUCUGGUUUCACUACCAUCUACAAUCAUAUUGAUUAUCGUCUCGUUCUCCGCUAUUCUAUUUUUCACCGGUAUUCAGCUUCCAAUCUAGCGACACGAAACUCCGCCUCUUUGUUUUGUCUGCACUGCAAGCCGUUCUAG